GGACAGACGGGUUCCCUGCGCCGACAGCCGGUACCAACCAUGGCUGACCAAUCGAAAAUGUACCGCUGGGAUGGUUCCUUCGACUUCAAGCGGAGGGAAGAUUGGGAUUACAAGCAUUCCUUCAAUUUCAUGGCGGGAUGGCUUGGACAAGACGAAACCAAAGAAGCGCAGAGACGGAAAAAAAAGAUGGGAACGGUUGAUGAACAAGCGCCUCCGCUUCCAAAGGACGACAGCUUGGUCGAAACGAUCGAAAAGACGGCGAAACAUGUGCACAAGUCGAACGAUCCAACGGUUUUCGAGCACUUGGUGCAGGAGAAGAACAAGGGCAGAUCCGGAUGGGACUUCCUUCGAGAAGGUGGUGAAGGUCGUGACUACUACCUUUUCUGCCUGCACUGUUGUGAACGCGAGGUUGAUCCCAGACCGAUGGCAUUACAUGCCCGAAAAGUGAAAGAAGACCGGGAAUUGAAGCAGGCAAAUGCGAAAGCCAACGUUUUCACUGGGUAUCAAGGCGGAUCGUUUGGUUUUGGCCCUGUUUGGCCAACGAAAUCCUGCGAUAGAGAUGUGUUUGCACAUGUUUGCAUUAAUGGCACAAACAGAUCAGAAAUGAAAGUGACCCUCGCAGGAUAG